GUAUUGAUUUAUUUAAAAAGAAAAAUAGUUGGAUUUGUUUGUUUGGAUGUGCAAAGUAGUGUUGACCAACAAAUAUAGGCAUAAGAAGAACACAUGAGGCAGGGAUUUGAAUUUUGAAUGCAAAAUGACAGCAGUAGAAGCACAAAACAAAGGAGGACAGAGAUGGUCUCUCACCGGAAUGACAGCUCUUGUAACCGGCGGCACUCGUGGGAUCGGGCAUGCCAUAGUGAAUGAUCUAGCUUCAUUUGGUGCUACUGUCUACACUUGUUCAAGGACUGAACCAGAGCUCAAUAACUGCUUACAACAAUGGCAGAGUCAAGGCUUUUCAGUCACAGGUUCUGUCUGUGAUGUAAGCUCUCGGCCACAGAGAGAGAAUCUUGUUCAACAAGUUUCCUCCACCUUCAAUGGCAAGCUCAACAUCUUUGUGAAUAAUGUCGGAACAAACUUUCGAAAGCCGACAGUCGAAUACACUGCUGAAGAAUAUUCGGAGCUGAUGACAGUUAAUUUAGACUCCGCAUUCCAUCUAUGCCAACUUGCAUAUCCUCUUCUAAAAGAAUCUGGAAAUGGAAGCAUUGUGUUCAUUUCAUCUGUUGCAGGUGUAGUGAGCUUAGGCACUGGAUCUGUUUAUGCAGCAAGUAAAGCUGCGAUUAAUCAGUUUACAAAAAAUCUGGCUUGUGAAUGGGCAAAAGACAACAUAAGGAGCAACUGCGUUGUGCCGUGGGCAACCAGAACUCCACUUGUUGAACAUUUAUUUAAAAACCAGAAGUUUGUGGAUGAUAUUUUGUCUAGAACUCCUCUUAAGCGGAUUGCAGAACCCGAAGAAGUGUCGUCUUUGGUGACUUUCCUUUGUUUGCCUGCUGCAUCUUACAUCACUGGACAAGUUAUCUGUGUUGAUGGAGGGUUAACUGUGUUUGGAUUUCAACCUAGCAUGAGAAUUACAUGAGAUUGUGCAGUUUCUUAUAUGUUCAUGCUCAUUUAUUUCAAUCUACUAGUGGUUGGCUAUGUUGUGACAAAUGAUCACCUUGAUCUCUUUACAUUUCUCUCUGUAAUUGUGUUAACUGUUUCUAUUCUUCACUGUUAUGUAACCUAGGAAGUCUCUUUAUUUAAGGAAUUAAUAGUGAAGUCAUAAUCAA